CCGUGCCGUACCGAGCCGUGCCGGCCCGGCAUGGCUUCCCGGGAGCGGCUUUACGAGCUUUGGAUGCUUUACUUCGCUAAGAAGGACCUCUCCUACCUGCAGCAGUGGCUGGAAGCCUUCGUGAUGAACUUUGAGAAGAUCAUUGCCCUGCCCUCGCUGGAGCCCCGGCGGCCGGAGGAGUCGGUGUCAGAGAUCCCAGUGCUGCCACGAGAGGUUCUGCAGGUGCUGAGCCAACGCCUGGGGCAGUGUGUGGCACAGCUCCCAAGGGAGGAAGGCACUGGGAGCAGCCUGGGCCAAGCCCUCCUCCUCCUCAAGUUCUUCAUCAUCAUCUGCAGAAACCCAGAGAACAUCCAGGCAGACAGAGCCCCUGGCUUCAUCCCAGAGCUGCUGAAGUUCCUGCGGGUCUGUGCCAGCAAGCUGAGGAGUGCCCAUGAGUUGGAAGGAGGUGGGAUGCAGCUGGAGAGUGGGAUGCAGCUGGAGAGUGGGAUGCAGCUGGAGAGUGGGAUGCUCCACGCCCUGCACCUCUGCGAGUGCCUCUUUGACCCCUACCAGACGUGGAGGCGGCAGCUGAGUGGGGAAGUCAUCAGCUCCAAGGAGAAAAGCAAAUACAAGUUUGCCCCAGCCCCUCUGCCCCCUGAGUUCAGCACCUUCUUCCAAGAGGCUUUCCAAGCUGGAGGGCAGCUCCCUGGAAUGCUCCAGCUCCGUCUUGUCCAUCUUUUUGGGGCCAUCCUCUCUGGAUCUAAGCCCAACGCCCUGCAGGCCAUCACGCCGGCGGCCGUGGAGGUGCUCCUGCGCGUGCUGCAGCGGGCGGGCGGCGAGGGCCCGGCGGUGCCAGGCCUGCUGCAGCUGGCGCUGCGGGGGCUGGUGGCUGUGGUGCACGUCCUGCACGGCGGCAGCCCUGGUGCUGGCCCCGUGCCCUUGCGUGCCCUCCUGGACGGCUACUUCAGGGUCCUCAACUCCAACCUGCCCAUUGCCUCCCUGGCACCGGAGGCAGCCGGCAGCCUCAUCGCUCUCCGAGUCCUCAUGCUGGAUGCCAUCCCUGCCAUGCUGAGCUGUGAGGACCGCCCGGUGCUCCAGGCUGUGUUUCUCAGCAACAACUGCUUCGAGCACAUCAUCCGCCUGCUCCAGAACAGCAAGCUCUACCUCGGUGGCUCACGGGAGGUGGACGAAGCCGAAGCCAAGGUACCCACACAGCCAGCAGACAGGGAUGGUCUCCAGCAGGCCUCCGAUGGCAGCUCUGACACCAUCGCUGUCCACGCCGUCAGGGUGCUCACCGCCAUCAUGAGCAACUCGCCCUCAGCCAAGGAGGUGUUCAAGGAGCGCAUUGGCUAUUGCCACCUCUACGAGGUCCUGAGGAGCCAUGGCCAGCCCACCCAACGUCUUCUGCAGGAGCUUCUCAACAUGGCAGUAGAGGGCGACCACAGCUCCUUCCCAGCGCGCCCCAUCCGCAACGAGCAACCUCUGCUGAUCCUGCUGGCCUGGCUGCCGGCGCUGGCGUGCCAGGAGCUGCAGGUGCUGCUCUCGGGCUGGCUGCGGCGGCUCUGCGAGGCCUCCCUGCCCAGCCGCCUCACCUGCGUCAAGGCAGGCAUGGUGGGUUGCCUGCUGGGGGCGCUGGCCACCGAGCCGGCGCUGCCAGCCGCCUGCUCCGAAAACCUGCUGGAGCUCCUGCGGGCGCUGGGCAGCCUCUCCAUCCGCCCCGGCGAGCUGCGGCAGCUGCUGCGGCUGCUGCGCCGGGAGCGCGGCCGGGGCCCCCACCCCUACGUGGCCGCCGUCAUCCGGGCGCUCUCGGGGAUGGCACGGGCGGAGGGACCCCCCCGGGCACUGCAGUGCUUCGACCUGACGCCGGGGAUGGCUGGCAUCAUGGUGCCCACCGUCCAGAAGUGGCCCGGGGCUGCCUUCGCUUUCCACGCCUGGCUGUGCCUGAGCGAGGAGGAGCCCCAGCCCCCGGCGCGGCCGAAGAGGAGGCAGCUCUACAGCUUCUUCACGUCCGGAGGCACGGGCUUCGAGGCGUUCUUCACGGCCGGCGGCGUGCUGGUGGUGGCCGUCUGCACCAAGAGGGACUACAUGACCGUGGCCCUGCCGGAGUUCCCCUUCAACGACUCCGCCUGGCACUGCGUGGACGUCGUGCACGUGGCCGGCCGCCGGCCCUUCGGCCAGAACGUCCUCAGCAUCUACACCGACGGCCACCUGCGCAAGACGGCACAGCUCCGCUUCCCCUCCCUGCAUGAGUCCUUCACCUCCUGCUGCAUCGGCUCUGCAGGCCACCGGACCACCACCACCACUGCCACCACCACCGGCAGCCACCCACCGGUGUCCCACGGGCCAGAGCUGCUCUUCCCUUCACACCCCACUUUGGGCCGUUCCCAGUCUGUCCCUGCUGCCCUGGGCCCCCACUCCUGGACCCCUACUCAGCCCCCCAUGGAGGGGGUGGUGGCCACCAUGGCGGCCGGCAGCCAGGACACCGAGUGGGGCAGCCCCACCUCCCUGGAGGGUCACCUGGGCUCUGUAGCCAUCUUCUGUGAAGCUCUGCAGCAAGCCCAGGUCAAAGCCCUCUUCUGUGCAGGGCCAAACGUCACAUCCCCGUUCACGCUGGAAGGUGACUUGGUGGAGCUCAGCAGCAAGCUCUUGCUGUACUACACCCCACAGGCCUGCAGGAACAACAUCUGUCUGGACCUCUCUCCCAGCCAUGGCUUGGACGGGAGGCUGACGGGGCACAGAGUGGUCAACUGGGACAUCAAGGACGUGGUCAACUGUGUGGGUGGGAUGGGAGUGCUGCUGCCCCUGCUCGAGCAAGUGGUGUCCAAGAAGGAGGAGCCUGAGGACGAGCAGGAGACCAACGACCUGGUGGGGCCAGAGCUGACGUCCUCCAGAAACGCCCAGGGCAUGCUUAUCCCACUGGGCAAGUCCUCAGAGAGCAGGCUGGAGAGGAACAGCGUGGCUGCCUUCCUGCUGCUGCUGAAGAACUUCAUCCAGAACCACCCAGUGAACCAGGAGAGCCUGGUGCAGUGCCACGGCCCUGCCAUCAUCGGGGCCUUGCUGCAGAAGGCCCCCAGUGCCCUGCUGGACAUGAGCACGCUGAUGGCCUCGCAGAUCCUGAUGGAGCAGGUGGCCUCAGAGGGCAGUGGGCUCCUGCUCCACCUUCUCUACCAGCAUCUCCUCUUCGACUUCCGCAUCUGGAGCAACAGCGACUUCGCCGUCCGCUUAGGGCACAUCCAGUAUCUGGCCAACGUCGUCAAGGACCACAAGCAGCGCGUGCGGAAGAAGUACGGAGUGCAGUACCUGCUUGACUCCAUCAGGACCCACUACGGAACCUCCAGGGAGAAGACCACAGCCACCGAUGACAUCAAGACAGUGCAGACAUCCCUCUUCAGCCUGGUGAAGGAUUUCUUCUGCAGGAGCUUCUCUGGGGAGGAGAUGCAGAGCUUGCUGAGCUACGUGGCUGGGGCACAGGAUGAGCAGCAGGUCUGUGGGGCUCUGGAGGUGAUCCACAGCCUGCUGAAGGGCUCCCCAGCCCAGGAGCAGCUCUUCAACUUCCUCUUUGAGCCAGGCCACGUGGAGGUCCUCUUCUCGCUGCUGGUGCAGAAGAAGUUCUCGGAUGAAGUGCGGGAGAGAGUCUUCAAGAUCCUCUACAAGAUGCUGAAGUACGAGAAGGUCCCCGAGCGCAGCAAGCACCGCCUGAAGCUGAAGGACAUUGGGUACCAGGGGCUCAUCGCCUGCCUCGGCGACAUCCCUGGCUCCAUGCUGCUCUUCCGCUGCCUCUCUGAGCAGGUCCUGGGGGCAGACCCUCCCAACUACAAGGACCUGGUGGCUGUGGUCUACCUGUGCCACCGUGCUGAGCUGACCGUCCGGCUCGACAUCUGCCGCAAGCUCUUCCACUUGAUCUACGCGCAGCAGGACCUGGUGAGGCAGCUGGCGCGGCUGGCCGGCUGGCAGGACACGCUCACCAAGCUCUACGUCAAGGAGGCUUCUCAGACCACUCCAUCUCCCCCGGCGGCCGCACCAAGUCCUUCCACUCCUACAACUUCAAGUCCUUCGACUCCUCGGACCGGGCCAGCCGCUCCUCAUCACCCCGGGGAUGGACCUCCCUUCGACGGUGUCUACCACCCGCUCUCGCCCUUCUCCACCUCACCCUUUGACCUGGGGCUGGACCUGGCCAGCACCAGCUCCAUCGCCACGGCCGAGAGCGGCACGCAGACCCCUGCCAGCGGCCCCGGCACCCCCUCCCCGCUGGAGAGCUUCAAGCCCUUCCCGGGCAUGCGAGCACGCAAGAGCUCCAGCCUCUCCAACGUCCUGGAUGAGAGCAGCUACCAGGACACGCUGCCCAGCGACAACGUCUCCAACACCAGCAACCCCCAGCAAACGCCUGAGGAGGAGCUGUGCAACCUCUUGACCAACAUCAUCUUCUCGGUGACCUGGCGUGGGGUGGAGGGCUGGGAGGACGUGGCGUGGAGGGAGCGUGGCCAGGUCUUCUCUGUCCUCACCAAGCUGGGGGCGGCCUGCGAGCUGGUGCGGCCCCCCGAUGAGAUCAAGCGGAGCUUGCUGGAGAUGAUGUUGGAGUCAGCACUGACCGACCUGAAGGAGUCGGGGCCGUCCGCCCUGCCUGGGCUCACCCACAACGCCCUCAAGCUCCUGCGCCUGCUCCAGGACUUCUUGUUCUCUGAGGGGCACAACAACCAGGCUCUGUGGAGCGAGAAGAUCUACGAGGGGGUGAGCAGCCUGCUGGACAAGCUGGGCGUCUGGUACCACCUGGCCAAUGGCACCUCCGACCUCAAGGAGAUGGCCCAGACAGGGCUACGCAUCCUGGUGGGCUACAUCCUGCUGCAGGACCCUCAGCUGCACUCGCUGGCCUACGUCAAGCUGCACAGCCUGCUGCAGACCUCCUCGCUGCCCAGGAAGGAUGAAGCUUGCUACCUGCUGGGCAAGCUGGAGACCCCCCUGAGGCGCUCGCUGGAUGCCGGCUCCGAGUCCUGCUCCUGGCUGGUGCCCAUCAUCCGCACGCUGAUGGACCAGUGCUACGAGACCUUGCAGCUGCAGCUCUUCCUGCCCUCGCUGCCGCCCACCAACGGCAGCCCCACCUUCUACGAGGACUUCCAGCUCUUCUGCAGCACCCCCGAGUGGAGGAGCUUCAUCGAGAAGCACGUGCAGCCCACCAUGGCCCAGUUUGAGAUGGACACCUUUGGCAAGAGCCACGACCACAUGUCCAACUUCUGGAACGCCUGCUACGACGCCAUGAUGAGCAGCUCCCAGCGGCGGGAGCAGGAGAGGGCAGCCAGCCGCAAGAUGUUCCAGGAGCUGGUGCUGGAGCCGGCGGCGAAGCGCUGCAGGGCAGAGAGCAGCCGGCACAGCACGGUGCUGAAGCAGGCCAACAACCACCACAGCACCGUGCUCAAGCAGUGGAGGUCCCUCUGCCGCCUCCUCACCUCGCCGCGCUCCGCCUGGGCUGACCGGAACCCACCAGAGGUUCGGUGGAAGCUGUCCAGUGCCGAGACCUACUCCAGGAUGAGGUUGAAGCUGGUGCCCAACCUGAACUUUGACCAACACUUGGAGGCCAGCGCCCUGCGGGACAACCUGGGUGAGGCUGACCACCUCCACAACCCUGCUGAGUCCCUUCCACUUGCCAUGGCCAAGGAGGCCAAGGUGAGCGAGCUGGAAGAUGACCAACUCGCUGAGGAGGACCUCCCUGUCCUGGACAGCCAGGCCGAGCCCAAGGAGCAGAACCAGCGCGAGAAGCUGGUGGUGUCGGAGGACUGCGAGCUCAUCACCACGGUGGCCGUGGUGCCUGGCCGCUUGGAGGUGACCACCCAGCACAUCUACUUCUACGACGGCAGCAGUGAGAAGGAGGAGACAGAGGGAGGGAUCGGCCACGACUUCAAGCGGCCCCUGUCCCACCUGCGGGAGCUGCACCUGCGCCGCUACAACCUGCGCCGCUCCGCGCUCGAGCUCUUCUUCAUCGACCAGGCCAACUACUUCCUCAACUUCAAAAGGAAGGUGAGGAACAAGGUCUACUCCUGCAUCCUCGGCCUGCGUCCUCCCAACCAGAUCUACUUCGGCAGCAGGUCGCCCCAGGAGCUGCUGAAAGCCUCGGGGCUCACACAGAAAUGGGUCCUGCGGGAGAUCUCCAACUUCGAGUACCUCAUGCAGCUGAACACCAUCGCGGGGCGCACCUACAACGACCUCUCCCAGUACCCCGUGUUCCCCUGGAUCCUGCGGGAUUACGUCUCGGAGACCCUUGACCUCACCAACCCGGCGGUGUUCCGGGACCUGUCCAAGCCCAUCGGGGUGGCCAACGAGCGGCACGCCCGCGACGUGAAGGAGAAGUAUGAGAGCUUUGAGGACCCCACGGGCACGGUGGACAAGUUCCACUACGGCACGCACUACUCCAACGCGGCAGGCGUCAUGCACUACCUGAUCCGCACCGAGCCCUUCACCACCCUCCACAUCCAGCUGCAGAGCGGCAGGUUUGACUGCUCGGACCGGCAGUUCCACUCGGUGCCGGCGGCGUGGCAGGCCCGCAUGGAGAACCCGGUGGACGUCAAGGAGCUCAUCCCUGAGUUCUUCUACUUCCCUGAGUUCCUGGAGAACCAGAAUGGCUUCGACCUGGGCUGCCUGCAGCUCUCCAACGAGAAGGUCGGCGACGUGGUGCUGCCCCGCUGGGCGAGCUCCCGGGAGGACUUCAUCUACCAGCACCGCAGAGCCCUGGAGUCGGAGUAUGUCUCAGCCCACCUGCACGAGUGGAUUGACCUCAUUUUUGGCUACAAGCAACGAGGCCCAGCCGCCGUGGAGGCCCUCAAUGUCUUCUACUACUGCACCUAUGAGGGGGCCGUGGACCUGGAUGCCAUCGCCGACGAGACACAAAGGAAGGCUCUGGAGGGCAUCAUCAGCAACUUCGGGCAGACGCCUUGCCAGCUGCUCAAGGAGCCCCACCCUGCCCGGCUGUCAGCAGAGAGCGCCGCCCGCAGGCUGGCCCGCCUCGACACCCGCUCCCCCAACGUCUUCGAGAACCUGCACCAGCUCAAGUCCUUCUUUGUGGAGGGCAUCAGUGAUGGGGUGGCCUUGGUGCAAGCCGUGGUCCCCAAGAACCAGGCACACUCCUUCAUCACUCAGGGAUCUCCAGACGUCCUGGUCACCGUGAGUGCCAACGGCCUGCUGGGGACCCACAACUGGCUGCCCUACGACAAGAACAUCUCCAACUACUUCAGCUUCACCAAAGACCCCACCGUCUCCAACACGAAGACCCAGCGCUUCCUGCAGGGCCCUUUCGCCCCCGGCGCGGACCUCUGCUGCCGCACGCUGGCCGUGUCCCCGGACGGGAAGCUGCUCUUCAGCGGGGGGCACUGGGACAGCAGCCUCCGGGUCACCUCGCUGGCCAAAGGGAAGGUGGUUGGGCACAUCACCCGGCACAUAGAUGUUGUCACCUGCCUGGCACUCGACCUCUGCGGCAUCUACCUCAUUUCUGGCUCCCGGGACACCACCUGUAUGGUGUGGCAGGUGCUGCAGCAGGGUGGCUUCUCCAGCGGCUUGGCUCCCAAACCUGUGCAGGUGCUGUACGGCCACGAGGCUGAGGUGACCUGCGUGGCCAUCAGCACCGAGCUGGACAUGGCAGCAUCAGGCUCCAAGGAUGGCUCCAUCAUCAUCCACACCAUCCGCCGGGGGCUCUUCAUCCGCUCCCUGCGGCCGCCCGGCGACAGCUCCCCUCCCGCCCUGCUCUCCCACCUGGCCGUGGGCCCAGAGGGGCAGCUGGUCGCCCAAACCACCCUGGGCCAGCGAGCCUGCUCCAAGGAGAGGUUUGGGCUGCACCUCUACUCGGUCAACGGGAAGCACCUCUCCUCCGUGCCCCUGGACGGGGAGGUGACAGCCAUGUGCCUCACCGAGGACUUCGUGGUGCUGGGGACCAUGCAGUGCGGGCUGGAGAUCCGUGACCUCCAGAGGCUCGGCGCGGCCGUGCCCCCCGUGCCCAUGCGGGUGCCCAUCCACAGCGUGUCCGUCACCAAGGAGAAGAGUCACAUCCUGGUGGGCUUGGAGGACGGCAAGCUCAUCGUGGUGGGGGCCGGGCAGCCCGCUGAGGUGCGGCCAGGGCAGUUCCACCGGCGGCUGUGGCGCUCCACGCGCAGAAUCUCCCAGGUCUCGGCUGGCGAGACCGAGUACAACGCUGCGGAGGGCAGGGGCUAGGGGACCCCCUCCCGGGGCACAC